CCCCGAGAUAGCAGUCGCCCGCUGCGCCUGCCUCCGGCAUACGAUCACGAAUAUCACGAGCGCAACGCAAACUCAGUGCGUGUGCCAAAAACUUACGCUGUACAACCUCAAAAAUUAGUUCGUGUCCAAAUACAAAUUUUCACACAUUAAAGUGAAUAAACUAUAUAAAUAUGUUAAAAUAUGUAAAAAAUUAUUUUAAAAACAUUGACUGAGAGUGACAUUUUGUGGAUUAUUAUUAAUAAUAAAUAGAAAAUAAAGUGCAUAAAUAAAUAGUGAUUUGUGCAUUGGUUUGUGGUGUGUAGCUGUGUGGAGAGUUGAUUUUAAGACAGAUAAUGUGAAAUGUAGUUCACCUCCAAGUCGUCCGUAGGUGGUUGUCGCAAACCUACCUCGACUGCAAUGGCGCAGUUUGCAAAAACAGCGGCCGAAAUCUAUCUGGUCGUCGGUGUGCUGGUGACAUCUCUGCUGGCAGAUAAUGAUCGAGGAACAUCAUCAUUAAACGACUUGGACAUAUCCCAAACGGGUACAGAAAUAUCUCCUGAAGUAUUAGUGAUGGCGACAUCGAUGUCCCUGCAGCUGGAGAUGACUAACGCGUCAAAGAUUCCAGGCGAUCCGGAAAACGUAGACGCGAACACAAUCGCCCCGGAUGAACCGGCAGCAACCGCCGCCCAACAGCCGCCGACCGACCCCUCAACACGCCACCGCAUGUUUGCCAUGCCGCACUUCCGGCUCUCCGACCUGCCCGAUACACGCUGGGGGCCUUUCUUCGAAGGAGGCAAUGAGGACCACAACAUCACAGCGCGCGUUGGCAGUACUGUUAACCUAGACUGCCGGAUUGGACUUUUACAGGACAAAACAGUAACGUGGUUGCAUCACAAAGAGGAUUCAAUUCACUUGCUCACUGUUGGCCGGCAGCAAUACAGCAGCGAUGACCGCAUCGAGUUGAAUUUCCGUUACCCGAACAACUAUCGGCUGAAGAUCGCGUACGUGACGCGCCGUGAGGAAGGCCUCUACGAGUGCCAGGUGGCAACGCAUCCGACCAAAGUGAAGCGGAUAUUCCUCAAAGUCAUAGCGCCGGAAGUGCGGAUAACCGACGAGUCCGGCCGACAAGUGACCGAGAGAUAUUACAAAGCCGGAAGCGGACUUGAAUUGGCCUGCAACGCCCGGCAGGUGGGUGCUACCGCCGAAGAACUCCCCGUCAGUUGGCGGCAUGAUGAUAUACUACUUACUAAAGGCAUCAGCAGUAACGUGUCCGCAGCAACGGAUUCCGCCAGCGCCACGUUGACGAUUGCUCCGCUGCAGAAGAAGCACUCCGGCAACUACACGUGCGCGGUGGGCGCUUUGGCGGCGGCCGCCGUCGCCGUGCACGUACUCAACGGUGAAUUACCGGCUGCAGUACAAAGUGCAGCUGGGACGGGUGACACCAGCUUGCAGCUGAUCCUGGCGGCGGCAUGCGUGACCGUCUGGCGCCUCCGGUGACCCACUGCGCUGCCAACUCCCGGGGCGGCGUUCGUCCGCGACCUCGGCUAAAAUCCAAACUCGCACGGUGUUGUUAUCAUAUCAAGAGAUACAAAGAAAUACGCAGCCAGCGUCAUCUGCACAAAAUGGCGGCCGUGUGACGCACCAAGAUGGCGUCGAAUGUUAUUGACUGUUUCCAGUGCGUACUAUGUACUAAACGCGUUUUUAAGACGAUAAGCAGCAUGUUAUCAAAAGAAAAAAUCAUAAAACUAAACAUAAAUAAUGCAACCAAACAACUUCUACGUAUAAUUAAAUAACAUACACUUUUAAACGUUAAAUUAACUAUAAAAUGCGAGCGAAAAUGACAAAAGAAUGGAUGAAACAGCAAACGACUACCAGACUACCAGUAUUCUACAACAUAUGAUUAAUUAUUUAAAUAAUUCGUAAGUAAACGUGCGAUAAACACAGUGAAGAUGGGAUUUUUAACUCUUGAAGCGCAGAUUUUAAGAAAAUGGGAAGCAGACGCGUCAUUAACUUCGCCCACGCCGAAAAUUCGCUAAAACCUCGCUCAAUUAUAAUGCAAUUACGUCGAUUUUACAACGCCCCGCAAGGGAAUUAUCCAUAAUCGACGUUUUAAUGCGUUCUUCUUUUGCGGCGACACCGAAAUUGAAUUUUAAGCGUUUUCGGCGUGCGUACGGCGUGAAAAUUGAAAGCAAAUUGUUUGACACCGCCGGAACAUAAGCCUAAUUAUGAACAGGAGCAAAUUUUCGCAAAUCCUUCACCGUACAUCACGUCAGGAAGGAAACGAAGCAGGAAGGAUCAAGAUGGCUGCCUGCAAGACGAAGAGGACGCGCAGAUAAGCAUCGUUAAUAACACUCGCGUCGUAAAAUGCAAUUUAUCGUCCGCUGACGUCCUCAAUCGGCUGUCGUGCUCGUUCUCCUCCUGAAAUUAGACGACGUCUGAAGUUAAUCCAGAAAUAUUUUUUUGUUAUUUUAUAUUUUAGUAACAAACAAACAAACGCGAGCGCAAAAAAAAGUUUAGGUGAAACGAGGUGGACGAAGCACUGAGGAUUAAGCUCGGGUCGAAUGCGAAAGGAUUACCGAUUCGGUAAUUGGUGAUCGGGGAAAGUUCGGCCCGGUGUGUAAUGGAAGUUGUAAAUAUACACAUGUUCUGUACAUGUCACGAGCACUUCGGGCUUUGGGUCCGGGACGAGGUCUGCUCCUGCGAUCCGGUGAUGAAUGUGUGACUAAAUGGCGCGUGUGCUGAUCCGGACAUCUGCACCGGAAGGCCUCAUUUGGACCUAACCACUCUCGACCACCACACCCACACGGAGAUUCAAUGCGUAUCUUGAUCAAUUUCCACUUUGUAAAUCAAAAAAUUUUAACCUCAACGAAACGAAUACACUGUUGUGUUGUAAAUGUUUAUAUUUAUUUUCUUGUAAUAAUGUUGAUAUCUCACGAAACGGCGAAUGAAAGCGCAAAAAGAAAAUUUGCGAUUUGUAUGUACAUAAAGUUAAUAUAUUACUGUACGUUUUCCGUGCAUCGCACGAUGUGAUGAUAAAAUGUAUGAUAAGGAAUGAAGCAACGUGUUGGGAUUGCAAGUAAAUCGAUCGCUAAGCAACAUAAACUAUAAAAAAAACAUGUAUAGGUAUAAGUGGGCCAUCGAGAAAGAUGAAAUUUAAUUUUUAGAUGGCUCAUCUAUACGAACGAUAAAAACAAGUAAGAAAACAAGUGGAGAAAACUAUAAGU